AGAUCUUGUAGCCUAACAAUAGGAAGAUGGCAGCGAGAUUACCCUCUGUCGCUCAUGCUGCCCCUUUUCCUCGCAGCCCAACAGGAAGGUAGCAGCAACAGCAGAGACCGCUCCCAGUGAUGUAAGAGACAUAUCCCCAAACCAGUUCCUCGUCACCAAUGAGCAGGAACCCAGAAGACCCUGGCCAGACUGCUUGAAAACCUCCAGCCUAUGAAACGGAUGUUCCUUUCCAAAAUGACUUUCCAAGCUCUGGUUUUGUGUCUGGCUUUUGCAGGACUUGGAGAGGCAAAUGUGGUUCCUCAGGCUGAACACAGAUAUGUGAAGGCGGGCGACAACGUGACUCUUGGCUGUUCCUUGACAGGACCCCAAGAUGUUCUGCAAGUGACAUGGCAAAAGGUCUCUGAAAAAUCCCGCGAUAACGUAGCUACAUACAGUACCAUAAAAGGAUUGAAGAUUCUCCAACCCUAUCAGGACCGAAUGAACUUCACGAGUCUGGUACUCAAUGAGACAAACAUCACUUUUUGGGAUGCUAGAAUGGAUGAUUCAGGGUGUUACGUGUGUAUCUUCAAUAUUUUUCCUGACGGCUCCUUCUCGGGACAUACCUGCCUGACUGUCUUUGGUCUCAAUGCAUCUGUCCAUUACAACAUUUCCGAAGGUCAUUUGAUAGCCAUCUGUAAUGCUGUUGGCCUCCCAGAGCCCACCAUCACCUGGAACAACUUGUUCAAUUCUACUCCUGCACAGGAGACAGUCAGGCACACCAAUGGGAUUGUGUCCAUCACCAGUAAACUGGAAAUCCACGAUGCUCAGAGCAUUGAUGCAAAGAACUUGACCUGCACAGUAAGCAACACGAAGGAAAAAAUGGAAUUGCCUGUGAAAAUACAAGGAGAAGGAUCCUGGUUGCUAUGGCUGACAGUUACUGUGGGGAUUUUAAUUGUCCUCGUAGUUCUGAUUUUGGUCAUGCUGUGCUGGAGGAAGAGGAUAUGCAGGAGGGGUUGAAGUGGAUCCUAGAGGAUUUCCAUUCACUUAUGAGAUCAUUACAGCCCAGCAGCCAGAAGUCAAGAUUACAAGCAGUGCCUUGGCUGGGAAGAAACAGCAAUAAAAAGGAAAAACAUCACAUACACUACCCUAUCUAGAUGCUGAGCUGAUCGCUGAAAAGAUUAGCGUUAACGUUUGUUUUCCGGUCUAAAUGAUUAAUCGUAAAACGUUGGACCAGAGGGAUCACUUAGUCCGCUCCUCUGCUGCCAGACAAAAUCUGCUUUGCUCGUACCACUCUUGGGUACUGCUAGCGUGCAAAAGGUGUUUGCCUUCUUCCGGUUGAGUUUUCAAAAAAUAUCUGUGGAUGGAGGAUCUGCAGGCUCUCUGGGGAUCCUCUUCCAGUGCCUAAUUGUUCUUGCAGAAGAGAGGGGUUUAAUUUUUUCCAAGAUCCGUCUGCAAUUUCACUUGCAGCAACUGUGCAUUCAUCCGUUCUCUUCCUGUCAUCUGCUUUUCCUUCUUUAUCCAGCUUAUCCAACUCCUUUUCCUCAGUGAAUGUGUGAAUGUGCCAGCAAGUCUUGCUUAACUCUCUUUGGAGAGACCAGGUGGACUCAAAACCACAGGGCUCAGACCACACCAAAUGUGCCAAAAUUAGUGGGGAGGAACAACAGGGCGCCAAGCAGGUGACAGAUGGAAGGCAGCAGCAGCCACAGCUGGGAAAGAAGAGUUGCAAGUAAUUUAUUUUAUUUGGGUUUUCUUUCUAACCCAAGUGUGUGUGGUUUUUUAAAUGUUUAAGUGUGGAGGAGAUGGAAACACAGCCCAGUAAUGGAAGUAUUGACAUCCCCAUCUUUCCUUCCUGUUACGCUGACAUUCUCUCUGUUUUUUUCUGAAGCAACUCCUAAUACCUCAGCCUACUCCUUGCUUAGCUGUCAAAAUGCACAGACGAGGUUUGUCAGUAAUUCUCAUGGUCAUCUUAUGCCCUGUUCAGAAUAGUCUCCCCGUCUUCAUCCUUUUUUUGUUGUGCCUUUAAACACAGACAAAUCGCUCUGCUGGCCAAAAGCCAUUAUUCUGUACUUGGACCUUGUUGUUACACGCUGAGCUAACUAUCGUGUGUCACUAUGUGGCUGUAACGGUGUCAGUGGGAGUCUUACAGAGGCUGGAUUUAUUGCUUUGCCAUGGUUUUGGUAGCAGGUAAGGACACUGCCCUAUUACGAGCUGGGACCUAACUCUGCUCCUGCCCCAAGUAGGGCUGGAGCUCCUCUCCCCCCCCACUGCUCCCAGUUGCUCCUCGCUGCCUGCCCAAGCCCGCUGAGCUGGCUGUUCCCAGGCUGAGUGCUCCAGCUGCUGACCCCCUGCUUGCUGUGUGGCAGCGGGCUCCCGGUGAGAGCAGAGCGCUCCGGGCAUUGCCUUGUUGUGGCCGGGAUAGAGUUAAUCUGCUUCAUAGAAGCUAGCAUGAGGCUACUUUAUUAUUCUGUCCCCCAUCCCACGUGGGGGGAGUGAGCAAGCAGCUGUAUGGGGCCUGAUUGCCGGCUGGGGUUAAACCCCAACGGCCUCCCAGUGUCUCGACAGGGCCCUGUGCUGGCUUCACGGGUUAAGGCUGCUGAAAACAAGCCUACCUCUGGGCGUACUGACUUUGUGGCCCGUUUCACUGACAAUAGAUGGAUGGCAGGACUGCAGGUGGUCCUCUGGUGAUUUUUGUUCUGCUGACAAGUGCUAAUAUUUAAGGUGUUUCUCAGUCUCCCUUCUGUCUGAGUAUUUGUCAUUGUAUUGGGAUCACUACCAGUAUCCUUUUGUCUUUUGGGUUUGGUUAGCAUUUGCUUUUGCAUCUGAAAUAUUCUGUCUUACUGAGUGCAGCAUUUUUGACUGUGCAUUUUAUGUCUUAUGUUUACCGAGAGUACAAACUGUCAAUCUGAAAAAUCAACAGAGAAGAUUUAGCAGGUGCAAGACUAAUGACUUACUGUUCAGAACCAGUAUUUUGUUGUAACAGGAGCGGCAGCCUCCCUGGAGUCUGGCAAAAAGGAGGGGGAGGUGUGUGUAUAUAUGUCUGCAUGUAUUACUGAGGAUGUGGAAGGUGACAUUCGCUGUUCCUCUUGUAGGUGCAGUAUGAAUUAUUUAUUUAUAUAUUUCACUUUUUCUAAUUAAAGAAAAUAAAAUUCUGAUCCAGCCAAAACACCAGCUGCUCCAUUUCCCCCCACCUUGCUUGUUUGUGAUACUAGAAAUGCUUCAUUGCAAGUUGGGUUUUUUAAUACUUACACUUUGCUUCCUUUCUGUACAGGCAGUGGGACUUCAGGGAGGUUUUAAGGUGCUUUGGUUUUGGGGUGGCUUUGGUUUUUUUGUCUCUUUUUUUUUUUUUUUUUUUUAAAUAUUGAGCAAAACAACCUUUGAGAUUAAAUUUACAGAAGUAUUUUUAACCCGAAGUUUACUUCAGAUUUGAAAAUAAGUUCAGUCGGUCAAAAACCUGUAUUUUAUGUUUUUAGAGGUAGCUUGUGUGUGUCACGUUCAUUGCUUAAUUAUUCUUUAUCUGAAGUUACGUGCUGUACUAAUGUAUUGACUGGCCUGUUUUCUGUAUUUGCCUUUGCUGAAAAGAAGCCAAAUAAAGCAAAUUUUAACAUAA